GUGACAGUUAAAUGUAAGAUAACCUCAAUUUAAGUCUUUAUGUUUGCCUUCUAAUCUUACCGCAACGUGUUCGUUAUUUAAAUAGUAAAACGUUUGCUACUACUUAAUACAUAAGGAAAACUGAAACGGAAAAUGGUCUCAUUGGAACGAAAGGGCACCUUCAAGGUUGAAUAUUUACAAAAGAUCGAACGGGAAAUUCAGAAACGGUGGCAGGAUGAGAAGGUAUUCGAAAUCAACGCACCCUCAACCCCCAAGAAGACCGAUGAAAAAUUCUUCUGCACCUUUCCCUUUCCUUACAUGAAUGGCCGACUACAUUUAGGCCACACAUUUUCCUUGUCAAAAUGUGAGUUUGCAGUGAGAUAUAAUCGACUCAAGGGAAAGUAUGCUCUGUUUCCCUUCGGUUUUCACUGCACCGGUAUGCCCAUUAAGGCAUGCGCCGAUAAAUUGAAAAGGGAAAUCGAGGAAUACGGUUGCCCACCUCAGUUUCCGGUUGAGGACGUGUCGAUUGUUGCCGUUGAGCGAGAAGAUGUGGUACCUAAAGACAAAUCCAAGGGGAAAAAGAGUAAGGCAGUUGCCAAAACCGCAAAUACUAAAUAUCAGUGGCAAAUCAUGCAGAGUUUGGGAAUGAGCGAUGAGGAGAUACCGAAAUUUGCAGAUGCCAAUUAUUGGCUGGAUUACUUCCCUCCAAAGGCCGUAGAAGAUUUAAACGGUAUCGGAAUUCACGUGGAUUGGCGCCGUACAUUUAUCACAACUGACGUGAAUCCGUUUUUCGACUCCUUUGUACGUUGGCAAUUUUUACACUUAAAAAAGCGGAAUAAAGUUCAGUUUGGCAAACGUUACACCAUUUACUCACCAAAGGAUGGACAGCCUUGCAUGGACCACGAUAGAUCGUCAGGUGAGGGAGUGGGACCGCAGGAGUACACAUUGAUCAAAAUGAGAAUGCUAGAGCCGUAUUCGCCGAAGUUCAAGGUCUUCGGUAAGAAACCAAUUUUCUUAGUGGCUGCGACUCUCCGGCCUGAAACAAUGUACGGCCAAACGAACUGUUGGGUACGACCGGAUAUGAAGUAUAUUGCCUUUGAAAAUGCCUCCGGAGAGGUUUUUAUCGCAACAGAGCGUUCGGCGCGAAAUAUGUCCUAUCAGGGAUUUACAAAGGUCGAAGGAGAAGUGAAUGUCGUUUUGCAAAUCACUGGUCAGGAUUUACUGGGUGCUGCUUUGAAGGCGCCUAUGACGCACUACGCAAAGAUCUACGCUCUUCCAAUGUUAACAAUCAAAGAUGAUAAAGGUACCGGCGUAGUGACGAGUGUGCCCUCGGACUCGCCCGAUGAUUACGCCGCUCUUGUCGAUCUGAAGAAGAAAGCCGCAUUUAGGGAAAAGUACGGAAUAACUGAUGAAAUGGUUUUACCUUUUGAUCCUGUUCCAAUCAUUGACGUACCCGAAUUUGGGAAUUUAUCCGCGGUUACUGCAUACGAUAAAUUGAAGAUUCAAAGUCAGAAUGAUAAGGAUAAGUUACUGGAGGCAAAAGAGAUGGUGUACAUGAAAGGUUUUUAUGAUGGAGUGAUGUUGGUAGGCGAAUUUAAGGGGAAGAAGAUCCAAGAUGUCAAGAAAACUAUACAGAAAAUUUUGUUAACGGACAAUGAAGCUGUUAUUUACUAUGAGCCGGAGAAGACCAUUAUUUCUCGAUCGGGCGACGACUGUGUAGUUGCCCUUUGCGACCAGUGGUACUUAGACUACGGCGACGAAAAUUGGACUAAGCAAGCUGAAGAAGCUUUGAAGUCGAUCAACACCUACUCCGAGGAGGUUAGGAAAAACUUUUCUGCAAGUCUUGACUGGUUACACGAACAUGCCUGCUCGAGAAAGUACGGAUUGGGAAGUAAGCUGCCAUGGGACGAGCAGUGGUUAAUCGAGUCUUUGUCCGAUUCUACAAUUUACAAUGCCUAUUACACCAUAGCUCAUUUUCUUCAAGGCAAUUCGUUCAAGGGCGAUAAACCAAAUCAGUUGGGUAUAAAAGCGGAACAAAUGACUCCAGAGGUUUGGGAUUAUGUCUUCUUCAAAAACUCGCUUUAUCCCUCCAAGUCUGGCAUUAAAAAAGAAACAUUGGACUUGUUGAGACGCGAGUUUGAGUUUUGGUACCCCGUCGAUUUGAGAGCGUCAGGAAAGGACUUGAUACAAAACCAUUUAACGUAUUAUAUCUAUAAUCAUUGCGCAAUUUGGUCGAAUGAUAAGUCUAAAUGGCCGAAGGGUAUUAGAGCUAAUGGACAUUUAAUGUUAAACUCUGCCAAAAUGUCAAAAUCCGAGGGGAAUUUUUUGACUCUGCAAGAAGCUACGAAGAAGUUUAGUGCCGAUGGUAUGCGUUUGUGUCUAGCGGAUUCGGGCGAUACUGUAGAAGAUGCGAAUUUCGUUGAAAAUAUAGCUGAUGCUGGCAUUUUGAGAUUGUACACUUUCAUUGAGUGGGUAAAGGAGAUUUUAGCAUCGAAGGCUAGUCUCAGGUCUGGUCCAGCGACUACUUUCCACGACAAAGUAUUUGAAAGCGAAAUUAAUUUGAAAAUAAAGGAAACUGAAGACUUCUGCAACAAGUUGCUCUUUAAAGAAGCACUGCGUACUGGUUUUUAUGAGUUACAGGCAGUUAGAGAUAAAUACCGCGAGUUGACGGCAAUGGAUGGAAUGAACGUCAAUCUAAUCCUUCAUUUCAUCGAAACUCAAGCUUUACUCCUUUCUCCAAUUUGCCCACACGUUUCUGAGCAUGUUUGGAGCCUUUUGGGAAAGGAGGAUUGUAUCAUUAACGCGACUUGGCCGAAAGUUGGAGCUAUUAAUGAAGUUUUAAUCAAGUCUUCUGAGUAUUUAAUGGAAGUCGCUCACUCAUUUCGUGUUCAUCUAAAAAAUUGUAUGCAAGGUGUAAAGCCUUCGAAGAGCAAUCCAAAUCCUCCACCUGUCGAAAAACCGAACACUGCUACCAUUUGGGUCGCUAAGAGUUUUCCACCUUGGCAAAGUUGUGUGCUGACAGUUAUGAAGAAAUUUUUCGACACUGACGGGAAACUGCCCGAAAAUAAACUUUUAUCGGCUGAGCUAUCCAAAAAACCAGAAUUACAAAAGUAUAUGAAGCGAGUUAUGCCAUUUGUACAAGCUACGAAGGAAAAAUUAGAAAAGUUAGGGCCACAAGCUCUUGCUCUAACCCUAGUCUUUAACGAAAUCGAUGUGCUUAAAGAAAACAGUAUUUAUUUAACUAAUACUUUAGAUCUUGAGGAUAUGGAAAUUCGUUCAACUGAUGAGGAGGGAGCUCCAGAGCGAACCGUGGACUGUUGCCCAGGUCAACCACAAAUUCACUAUGCUGUGAAGUCGGGAGUAACUGUUGAGUUUAUAAAUCCGAUUCCACAUUCCGGGCUGUUUUCACAAUCCAUCAAAAUCAGUAAUGGAGAUACCUUUCCAAAGGUUGUCUCUCGCCUCGUUAAGGAAUGCAGAAACUUGAAAGAUCCUAGUGUGCAGCUUUGGAGAUAUGAAGAUCCGAUUAUGGGAGAUCGCAGGAUGGUGCCCUUUAACAAUCCUUUCCUUGGCAAAGUUAUCAUUUCGCCAGAUAGUACGUUCCAAAUAAAUGGUAACGGCAACAGAGUUAGUGUAGUAUCCAAAAAUGGAGUUUUCGACUUGGGUGCAUCUGUGAUAUAUGUUGUUUCAACCUGAUUUAAUUCAGAAAUGUAUACAGCUGUGAAUAAAUGCUUGACAUAAACGUA